UGCAGUUUCGGUCCACUAAUUGUAAUGUUUGAAUUUAGCGGGAGUUUUUUUAUUUUUUUCGUCUUUUUUAGAUGUUGGUAGCGCACGUCGAAGGUUUUUUGUGGAUGAAUAAUGGUUUGGAGAUUGUUAUGCCUUUGCUUUGUAAUUGUUCAAGCAGAAAACAAACUAUGUUUACACGGGCUGCAGUGUCUGAAGACAUUCCGAGCUGAACACCGAUUGGCCACGCAUGUCAAGUACGUGUUGGCCAUGACAACGAAGAAGCGUGCAAGCUGGUUGUGCAGGAAGCUCGUUUGUUGGCAAAUUGCCCAUCGCUCGUGGUCGGUUUGAUUAACGUGCCGAGUGCUUUUUAUGUGUCGUUAAGGAUAAAUUAAGUGACGUGCCAGUGGAACAGGUUUGUAGAAGCGGUUUGCUUAAUUUGAACGGUCGCAAUCCUGUUCGGUUAGAAUCAAUUUCCGGCUUUACGAUCCCAAUGUUGUUGUUUUGCUAGCGGCUUUAAAUAUUUUCCUGCCGAUCAUUGGCUGAAACAACUGAAAUCCGCGUUCUUCCGACACACCCUCAAAUAGCCAUUGGUUAAUGAUUCAUACCUGUCAUUCCACAAUAUUUUGAAUUGUUAGAUUUCGUUUUGUAGAUCUGAGGCAUGAGAUGUGAUACGGUGACGUGAUUUUAUCAUGUGUUUUGAUUAUAUCCUGCAUAUCCUUAACAUUUAAGUACUCAUAAUGUUGAUUUUCCACGAAAAGUACUCAAUACUACUGGCUGUAAAGUGGUCUAUAAAUCAAGCACCCAAAGAAUACUCAUCUUAAUUACACCAAGGGUUUAUACCAUGUUUAAACCUAGCCAGUGUCGGUUGUUAGGUUCUUUUGAUCCACAAGAAUAAUAUGUACCUACGAUUCAGCACAUUAAUAAAAAUUUUAACCAGUAAACAUAACUACUGACUUUUACUCUGACCUCUAUGAGUCAUGGGCCACUUCAUGAAUCGUCUGAACCACGUACUGUUGACUGUGUGUAGCAGCGUUCCCAUGAAACCAAAGCUACCGAUGUCAUCGAAUAUAAAGUGUUCUGGCUAGUGCAACAUGGUGUGUGCUGUGAGGUUAUCGUGAGCCCGAGGACCAACUAGGGCCACUCGGCCACUCAUGAACAAGGAGACGCCGGGCUGCGCUCCCGCGUGACCCGCAGGGAGACCCCGGUCAUGUUCCCCGCGGGGCAGGAGGAGGGGGAGCUGUCCGCCAUGGCGCCCAGCGUCCAGACGUACCUGGUGCGCAGCGGGACGCGGGUGGGCUGCUGCGGGGCCAGCAUGCCGGUGCUGUUCGAGCGGGCGUCCCCCCAGUCCUGGUGGAACCCGCGCUUCGACUCGGAGGUCCUGGAGGAGCAGUACCGCCUCAGCGCCUUCCCGCAGAUACGACUGCGCUUCCGGUACGCGCUGCUGUACAUCCUGACCGUGUCGCUCUCGUGGGGCACGUACUUCGUGGCGACAGGGCUGCUGGGCCACACACGCCACUGGGUCGGUCUGGCCUCGGCCUUCUUCGUGCUGCUGGUGUGCACGGCGGGCCUCACGCUCGUCACCUACACCCGGCCGUACCGGCGCUACCUGGUGCACUUCUCAGCCGCCGUGUGCGCCGUCAUCACGCUGCCGUCCCUGGCGCUCAUCGUGCUGGACCCCACCAUCGACUACCCCCCGGACAUCACGCCCGUCGGCCAGUUCGCGCUGUGCCUGGAGGUGCUGCUCGUGGUGUACACCCUGGUGCCCCUGCCCCUGUACGCCGCCGUCGCCGUCUGCGUCGGCUACUCCGUGGCCUUCGAGGCGCUCACAGCGCACCUCAGCACGGGCGUGCAGUUCCUGGACGCCACGGGGCCGCGCGGCGUGGCCGUGCGCGCCCUGCUGCAGCUGUGCGCGCACCUCGUCGGGCUGCACAUCUCCGUGAUGACGCGCGUGCGCAUGCGCGGCACCUUCGUGAAGGUGGGGCAGUCGCUGCUGGUGCGGCGCCAGCUGGAGGGCGAGCAGCAGCUCAAGGAGAAGAUGAUCCACUCGGUGAUGCCGCCCAAGGUGGCGUCCUGGCUGCUGUCGGACGCCGGCGGGGACAUCCGCUCCCUGUUCCGCCCGUUCAACAUGCACCGCAUGGAGGACGUGAGCAUCCUGUUCGCCGACAUCGUGGGCUUCACGCGCAUGAGCUCCGACAAGAGCGCGGAGCAGCUGGUCGCCAUCCUCAACGACCUGUUCGAGCGCUUCGACGACCUGUGCGCGGUGCACGGCUGCGAGAAGAUCUCGACGCUGGGCGACUGCUACUACUGCGUGGCGGGCUGCCCCGAGCCCAUGCCGGACCACGCCCGCGCGUGCAUCGAGAUGGGCCUGGGCAUGAUCGAUGCCAUCAAGCAGUUCGACCGCGAGCGGAAUGAGGGAGUGAACAUGCGCGUCGGCGUGCACACGGGGACGGUCCUGUGCGGCAUCGUCGGCACCAAGAGGUUCAAGUUCGACGUGUGGUCCAACGACGUGACCUUGGCCAACCAGAUGGAGUCGACGGGCAAGCCGGGCCGGGUGCACGUGUCCGGGGCGACGUGCAAGUUCCUGGGCGACGCCUACGUGCUGGAGCCGGGCGACCCCGUCCACGGCGUGGACACGUACUUCGUGGUGGGGCGCAAGGCAGACGUGGCGGAGAUGCGCGCCGCGCCGGCACGCCUGCGCGCCGCGCCGCACGGCUCCACGACCAGCCUGCCCAGUCGCGUGGGCGGCUCGCUGCGCAGCGUGCUCGACUCUGACUCGGACGACCAGGGCAAGCUGCGCAGCCCCGUGUCCGUCAAGAGCUACGGCAAGUUCUCCCCGAAGGGCCGGGCGUGGCGCUACCCGGGCCGCCGCUCUCCCAAGAGCACGGGGACCGCGGAGGAGCUGGAGCUGCUGGCGGUGGGCGCCGCGUCGCCCCCGACUGCGCGGCCCGACACGGAGCUGCCCGCGACCAACAGUCACCCUCGCCAGGGAGGCUUGGCGAGCGCGCUCCUGGACGUGCCGGCCGCGGAGGACCGCCUGAGCAUGAGCGUGUCGGUCAACAGUCGCAAGGACUCGGGCAUCCGCAGCACGAGUCGUCGCAGCAGCAUCCAGCAGCAGCUGUUUGCGCUGAACGGCAUGGCGCAGGGAGACCUCCUCACGCACCGAGUCAGUGGCUACUACACCUCCAGCCAGUCCAGCGUCACCGACGCCGACCAAGACCCGGACGGAAAGCGAGUUCAACUGCCUGCGCCGCUCAACGACACGUUCGGCUCGUGCUUCAGCAAGCUGCGCAAGCAGUCGGACCUGCAGCUUAUUCGCUGCGUCCAGGACAACGUCAUGUCGCGCGACAGCUACUUCUACAACCCCCCGCUGUCGCGCAUCACGCUCUUCUUCCGCGACAGGGAGAUGGAGCGCGAGUACCGCACGCACGCCCACCGCACCACCGAGAAGCACGGGGAGAACCCUCCCACGCUCGCCACCUCGCGCUUCAACACGUACCUCGACACGCUCGUCUCCGCCCUCGUCUACUCCAUGGUCGCCGUCUCCCUGUUCCUGCUGUUCGAGGCGUCCGUGCCCUGGGCUGCCGUGUGCGCGGUGUCGUUGCUCGUCGAGUUGAUCGCAGUGGCCCUUUGUUCCCGCCACCUGCUCACGCCUCACACCAGCAUCUCUGUCGUAGAGGCAUCGAAGAAGGUUUUCGAUGUAUUUUCUAGGUGGUAUUCUUGGCACCUUUUUGGGGCGUUGUUGGUCAGCUUGCCCGCUGUCUCCGUGCUCGUCAACUUCUCGUGCGUUGACUCGUUGCUGAACCACAGCUUGGACUACUACUAUUGUUACUUGUUGUUUGUCGGCCUAGUCCAUUUUUGUAAUUUCACUCAAUUGAACUGUUGGAUGAAAAGUAUUUUGUCAUCCGUAGCAGGGAUCCUUUACGUGUGUUUGGUCCGCGGCCAGUUCUGUCCCAACCUCGGCGAUCCGUCCGCCCUCCACACUCCGCCGGCGAACGUCACGUCGACGGCCACACCCGUCAGGAGCAGGACCGCGAUGCCGGUGACCAACGUCACAACUGCGGCCACGACCCCGGACGCGUACACGUACCGCCUGUACCAGGACGAAGUGUUCCUGGACGUAUUGCUGCUGUUGAUGCUGGUGUGGUUCCUGAACCGCGAGUUCGAGAUCAGCUACCGCAUCAGCUUCCACGGCAACGUGGUGGCCCGCAGAGACGAGGCGCGAGUGCAGAGCAUGAAGGAUCAGGCGGACUGGCUGCUGCACAACAUCAUCCCCAAGCACGUGGCCGACCAGCUCAAGGUCACAGCCAAGUACUCGCAGAACCACCGCGACGUGGCCGUCAUCUUCGCCAGCAUCGUCAACUUCCACGAGAUGUACGACGAGUCGUACGAGGGCGGCAAGGAGUACCUGCGCGUGCUCAACGAGCUGAUCGGCGACUUCGACGAGCUGCUGUCGCGGCCCGAGUUCCGCUGCGUGGACAAGAUCAAGACCAUCGGCAGCACCUUCAUGGCCGCGUCGGGGCUGAACCCGGAGGUGCGGCGCCAGAGCAGGGACCCCGGCCGCCACCUGUUCGAGCUGGUGGAGUUCGCGCUGGCCAUGCAGGGCGUCGUGCGCGACUUCAACCGCGACCUGCUGGAGUUCGAGCUGGUGCUGCGCGUCGGCUACAAUGUGGGCGACGUCACGGCCGGGGUCAUCGGCACCUCCAAGCUGUACUACGACAUCUGGGGCGACGCGGUGAACAUCGCCAGCCGCAUGGACUCGACGGGUGUGCCGGGCCGCAUCCAGGUGGCGGGCGGGUGCGCGGGCGUGCUGGCCCAGCGCUACGAGCUGGAGCCACGCGGCCGCGUCUACGUCAAGGGCAAGGACGACAUGGUGGUGUACCUGGUGAAGGGCCGGCUGGGCGGCGACCACGGCUGAGCCGCGCGCGUGCACGCUUCGCGCUUGUGGCCUCCGCGACCCUCCCGGGUCGUCGUGCGGGAACCCUGCUUCCCGAGAUUACCGUUCUGUUCUCACCUCUCAGCCGCUUUGCUGCUUCUGUCAGCUCGCCUGUCAGUUACUCGCAGGCAAAGUCUUGCCACUGUUGAAAAGUAAUGCCUUAUUUUUGUGCUGUUUACAAGCUAAAUGCUUUUAUGUAUUUUUUUUUGUAUGCUUAUGUGUAUCUGUGGAUUCUGUAUUAAUGGUACAAAUUAUUUUUUAAAUACUUAGCUAGAUGAUUAAUUUUUGGAUGUCACUGUUUGUGUGCGAAAUGUGAACUGUCACAUACUUGUCUAUAAUUAUUAUAACUAAUUAUACUUUAUAAAAUAUUUAUUUGUACUCUAAACUCAGUAUUCUCUACAUGACUGAAGAUAAAAUCCUCAGUAAAGUUUGUUGUAAGAUGUUAUCUUUAAAGGUUUGUUGUAUGAAUUUGUACUCUAUCCAAGCUUUGCAUUCAGUUCUUUUGAACUGACAUGUGUGUAAGAGCCAGAGACUUUAUAUGUGGCCUAAAGAAACUAAAUGUGAAUUAGAAUUGUAUGGCAAACAUAUCAUAUGAUGCCAGGUGUGUAAGGACAAGAUAAUUUGGUGGAUUGCGAUAAAACUAAAACAACAUUCGAAAGUAUGUCGGCACACCAUAUAACACCAAAAUGCACCUUAAUUCAAAACUUGAUCAGAAUUUAAAUAAAAUUUAAAUCAAGUUAUAACAAUGUUAUCUCUCAAUAUAUUUACACUAUCUGACCAAACUCUUGGGUAAACAAUGCAACUCAAAUACUCAUCUGGUAGCUCAGAAAUUACCAGUAAAAAAAAUGGUUAACUUAUUCCAGAACUCCCGAAUUCAAAUGUUACUGUCUCCUAAGUUUUGUCAACUACAAGCAGAGUGAAAAAGGUUUGAGUAGUCAAAAAAAAAAAUCACGCAUGUAUAAAUCCAAAUUUCAUUAAAAUCAAAACAAAAAUUUAGGCUAUUUUUUUUGGAAUUUGAAACAGAUAUAUUGCAAUUUAAGUUGCAACCUUUGAUAUAGUAAAAUUGCAUAAGCUUUCAUGCUGCAGCGCCCAAUAAGUUAAAUCACCUUAAAUACAAAAUACAAUAAUUCUUCAACCAGUUUGUGUAUUUAUACUUAGUAAAUUAAUGCUAACCUGGUUCGACUAAUAGUUUGCCACCAAUUGCCAACGUCUUGCUUUCAAGUGUAAAAUACGAUACCAUAAAAUCAAUUCUGUGUGAAUGCUACAUGCCUAGUCCAAACUUAAAAGUAUUUGCUUCAAAAUGCCACAAAACCUUAACCAGUAACUGUGUAAAUACUCACAACUAUGAGGAACACUACUCAAAUGUGUACAGUAAUACCUUUAACUUACGUGGUAGGUGGUACCGAGCAAUAAUCAUGCAAGUCAAAUUUGCAUAAGUCAGGGCACAAUUAUGCAUACAAAUUGUGUUUAGUUGGAACUAGAAACUAAAGAAAAAAAUACCCACUUUUAUCACAUAAUCGUCGCACCUAUAUUUUAGGGUGUCAAAAUUUGGAUAGAAAAACUUCUUGCAUAAACGUCGUAUCACGUUUUUGGUCCUGUUAUUAGAUUCCAAGCGCUUUCUGUAGGCAUCUUUUCCAUAUAAAAGAUUUAUUUUAAAGUAAAAAUCUAAUAUUUAUUCGGACUUUACCACUUAUUUAAUUAAUGAAAAUAUGGAGUUGUCUGACGUAUACAUUUUCUUUUAAAGAUAUUUUUAAACGUUAAUACCUUUAUCUGUUCGUCUGCAUCGCCGCGGUGUACCACUUAUAAAAAUGUAGCCAGUGCUUGUUGGCAUCAUUCAUGUUUAGUUAUGUUGCUUCCCAUAUAGAGCGCACACACGUAGUCGAAUAUCGAUAUCACGCUGAUUGCAUCUCUGUCGAGUGCCGAGUUAACUACAUUUGAUGGCCCGCACUCUUUCGUAGUGUGUACUAUGACGAUACAUAGUUAUGCGUUAGUUCACGCUCGCAUUUGCAUUUACAUUUUGUUUUUUUUAUUUAAAGUUGAAAGGUUUUUGUUGCAUGACUUAUUAAUUGAAAUUGUUCGGCGUGCUCUUGUAUACUCCACUUUUAAAUAAACGUACUUUCUGUGAAUGGGUUUUAUGUUUAUGAAUAACAUUAGCUAACAAAAAAAAUUUUUCGCUUAAACGUCGCACCCCUACCUUUCAAACUUGAUUUCAGUAUAAAAUGUGCGACUUGUAUGAGAUAAAACAUGGUAGUUUAGAAAAAGUAUUGUAAUAAAAUCUUAGAUAAUACAAUAUAAUUAGGAAGUACAAAAACAUAAACUGGUAUUAUUUUGAUAUAAAGGGCUUUAUAAAAAUCUAACAAAAUUGUCUGAUGAAUCAAAGAUUUUUUUCUUCUCACACAAAAUUUCCUUCUCAUGAAACAUGUACGAACAUGUCGUAAGUUGAACGAUAGUGUGGACGGAGUGGAGAAUCAAGAGUCGAGAGACAUUAAAUCAAAAGACAAACGAAUCUGAUUUUAAAAUUAUGUAGCUCUGGAUUGGCAUAAGACAGGGUAGUUAAGUCGAGGUAUUAUGAAUCUUAUUCUCUGUUCUUUCCUGGCAGUUAUAUUUCAACUGUGUGCAUACAGUGAACAGCCAUAAAGCAACUUAUCACAUCAGGAAAUAUUUUUCAGUAAUAUUUUUUGAAUAAUGAAAGCCCUAUCUUUAUGCGACAAAAACAUGAUUUCUAUAAAUGAAAACAAUAACACCAAAAUAUCCUGUUUUAAAGAUGAUGUCCAAAAAAUGAAACCAUAAAAUAGUGUCUCUAUGGAUAACUAAUUAACGCAUUUUGUAUGUUAGGUGUUCGCCCUUGCUGGGUUGCUGUACAGGGUGUUGGAAUGCUGAUUGGUCAUAGCCCUUUUAACCCUUUCAGUCUUUUCGUCCGCGUAAGUGGACAGUUUAUACCUAUAUCAAUGAUGAUUUGAGUUUAUCGAACCUUUAAUGUGUGGGUUAAGGCCUAUCUUAAUUCUAGUGGACAUCAUACUUUAUGGCUACGAAAUAAAUAAAUUUUCUUUUAUUAAUUAUUAUAAAAUAGCUAUUCAUUUGUAUUAUUGGGUAAUAUAAUUGUCAAACAAAGGAAAUCCAGAAAAAAAAAAGUUUAUUUACAAUUAAAAACUUAAAAUAAGGUAUAUAUUAGGAAUUAACAAGGAGUGACUGAAAGGGUUAAAGGGUGCAGCUAUGUUAGUGCAAAUUAUAGGAAAUGAAGGAUUUAUUUAUUUUUUAUUUUUUAUUUUUUUUCAAGAUGUGGAAAAACUGUAAAUACAAAAUAGUUACCUCUUAGUUACCAAACGUGAUAUGAAGUAUUGGUGCAUGCAGUGUUUGUAUUAGAGUUAUGUGGAGUUGGUGCAGUGUGGCAUCAGUUGCUGUCUAGUGCGACAUUCGGGAGGUAUCUCCGAGCAAGCUGGACCCCAGGCUGUCUGGCCGGGGCCGGUAUGUUGCCGUGCGGUCUCUAUGUCCGUGCCUCGGGAGGUCUGUCGCGCGGGGUUGUUCAGGUGGUCUAGCCCCCAUCCUUGCAACCUGAGGAAAGCCUGGCGCCGCCGUGGGAGCAACAUUUCCCUCACGAGGGGGCCCGCUUCCACUGGGACUGUGAAACAGGAAUCGUAACUGUGAAACAAGAAUGAUAAACGUAAUCCCCCCCCCCCCCCACCCCAGAAAUCCCUACAUAUUUUCGCCCCUGGUUGCGACAACAUUUCCUGUCGCGAUGAUCUCGGCCGUGAGAAACCUCAAAGGUGCCAGCAAAAAUUAGUAAAUUACAGUAAUUGAACUUGUGUUUUUAAGUUUUGACAAACUUUCUUCCAUCCUCAUUUAUUUCAUUAAAGCUACAUGCAAUUAAAUUUUGGGUUAUGUUUAUUUACAAGGAAAAGUCAAUUACUGGCAGAUUUAAGGUGAAAUCUCAAAUGAUCCUUUGCAUCUGUCUGCUAUCCGUUCAUCUGUCAACUAGAGGACCUAUCCACUAGGCACGUCCGUCAUACUAUUUUUCCAUUUCGAUGCUGCCAACUGACUAGAAAAAUAAAUUUGAGAGAAAAACUUAUAGUAAAAAUAAAUUAGUUUAAUGAUCAUGUAAGUUUUUAUGAAUUGUUAAAAUUAUUUUUUCCACUCUGAUAUUUAUUCAAAUAUUGUUUUUGAGUAUGUUAUUAAUUACACUUUUUAUCUCAGUUUAUUUAUAUAUAGUAUAUAUAUAUAUAUAAAUAUAUUUAUUUAUUUUUUAUUUAUUCUUUCAUAUAUCAAAUAUAAAUUUUGUGCAAAUACAAUUUUAAAACCUGCAAUGGAAACGAGAUGGUGUGAUUAAAGGACGGACGAAUGCGACGAAUCAUUGCUAGUCCAGCUUUAUUACCUAAUAUUUUUUUUAGUCAAUAACAUGUAAAUAAAGUUUUAACUUUCUAAGGUUUUUAUCUUUAUCUGACUGUACUCCUCCCACAGCUCAGAAAGCAGUGCAACAGUUAUUUAUUUUAUUUUUACUUUACCAAUUGUUUUUAUAAUUUGUGUUUUGCAAGUCAUACUAAUGCAUCGAAACUAUAGGUUCUGUUAUAAGAUGAAAGUGUAUGCCAUUAUAAUAUUUGCUUGGUUUCUUAAAUUUGGAAUACAAUUCUCAAGUUUUGGUUCAUAUAAUGUAUGUGAUCAAAAUUGCAGAUGAGAUAAAGCUGUCAAACUACCACGUUUAUUUACUCACAUAAAAAUUACUUUUUUAUUUUAAAAAUGCAGUUGGAUUCUACACAUGAUAUUGCCUUUUAAUUUAUGAAAAAUAAUAACUACUAAUAGCUUGUAGUUGUAGUUUAUGCAUAAGCUUGUCAUACAUUGAAUAUUGUAUACUAGUAUACUAGUUCCAUUUUUUAAUUAAUUAUGUAUGAUAUUAUUUAUAAACUAUUUUAAAUAAUUAUACUAUGUAGUAAAUGAAUCUUAUAAAACAAAUAUUAUGUACAAGUGCAGGAUAUUUUUCAUAGUGUAACCAAAAAACCAAUGAGUUAAUAUAAAAAGUGUAAGAUAUUGUUACAAUUUCAUUACAACCAUAUUGGUUGUUGGGGGAGGUUUCUCUACAGGGAGAAAUCAGUUUCCAUUGGGAACCCACAGUAGACGAAAUUUUUGGAUCACAGUGGCACGGGCAGAUCCAGUCUGUACAGGAAUGUUCCAGGGUGCUGCCUGUCGGGAAUUAUCGAAAACUUUGGAAAUAUCAGAAUAUAGUUACUGAUGAUGUACAUUUUUUAUCUUAAAAGAUUUGGAGUUAAUUAAAUAGUUUUCUUGUGGACUAUAAAAUUAUUUAUUGCAAAACCAAUAACCAUGGUUGCAGUAGAGUAGUUUUUGUAAAAACCAGGAUUUAGAACCAGAUGAAAUAGACUGCAGAAGAGGGAACAAAUGUCCGAACCAUUUGACUUGUGCGCUGUGGCAGGUCCAAGUUUUUGCGGGGCCCUGGGCCAUUUACUUUCACUGCGGGUCCCUUAUGUUUCGGAGAGGGGUCUUACCGAGGGGGAGAGGGGUUUUGAAACAGCCCCCAGAGAAAAAUUCCAGUUUGGGAGCCAUCCUUUGGAAAAUUUUGUGUAUGUAUGUAAACUAUUUGACACAACGUUUAUAAGCCAGCUUGGAAUUUGAAUUUUGAAUAGGUAUUUGCUAAUUUUUCUUGUAAAAUUUUGAUAUUCUUACUAAAAUAUAAUUUAAAUAAAUUAUGUUCACUCUAUAAAAUGAACUGAGGGUCUGCAGUUUACGAUAAAUAUUUGUGUAGGUAAUAAAAGGGGUGAUGCAGGGCCCUGGGUGGUCGCCUGGCUUGCUCUGCCACAGAGCCGCCCCUGAGUGCACAUGUAGUUCAAAACUAACUUUUUGAACUGUAACUUCUUUGGACGUGAUGGGAGUAUAGUUUCAAGGCCCAAUUUUAAUGCAAUGUUUUCGUAAAACAUUGUGAAAUGUUUCUGACACGAAAAGGACAGAAUAGGUUACGAACGGUGCAGAGAACUCGUCGGGCCGCCAUGCUGCAGGGAUAGGCGGGUCGCGGCGGUAGGGACCCGCCUGUGUCUGACGCGACCCGACAUGCUGGCGUCUAGUAAGGGAGUAUCUGGACAGAGGACGACACAACGGGGUUUGAGCUUAUUGUUGUGCACCGUGCCAUCGAGCCAUAUUUGCAAGAAAAUGAUGUUCUUUCAAGUACGUACUAUUUUAAUUACUUCUGUGAAUCAGUAUUGUUAAAGUGUUGUAUGAGUACUGUUUCAGCUGUGUAACCAAAUAUUUUUGAAGUGAAACUUCUUUGAGGCACAAUGAGAGUAAAAAUUUCAAUUACAGUUUCAAGGCCGAAUUUGAACGCAAUGUUUUCGUGAAACAUUGUUUUGAAACUUUUUGUGACGUCAAAGAGAGAGAAAGAGAGCACUUACGAGUCGAGGUCUUAAUUUCCAAAGAAGUUUCACUUCUAUCCCGUGUACUGAGUUACACAUGCUCUUUCUUUUUUUUUUUUUUUUGUCAGGGAUAUUUGAUGGUACUGUAGCAAACAUGAAACCCACCUGAUGUUAGUUAGCGUUGAUUGGAUCACGCAGUGUGCCUCUGUCAGUCCUCAUGCAGCACUGGCCCGAAGAAACAGCAGAGCCGUGCACCUAUUGUGCCAGCCUCUCGUGACCUUGUGUGACCUUGUGUGACCUGUAUGACCUUGUCAUUUUUACCCUGAAUAUUGUUAUCAGAAACACUCAUGGAUAUUGCAGUGUGCAUUGUAAUCUGGGCAGUAGUUUGACACACUCUUCGGCUCUAGGCUCUGAUGUCAUGAACGUUAUCAUGACAAAGUUAUACAUGUUGGUGCUGAUAUGUAUUUAUGGUGCUUCUGUGAAUGUUAGUAAGGGUUUGUUUUUUUUUUUGUUUGUUUGUAAACUGAUGUGCUUGCAUUUGGAUUUUGUAUAAUCGAUUACUCUGUGGGCUGUGGUAUCACUGGUGUUUUUGAUUUUAAAAACAUUUUAAAUAAUUGUAUUUUUUUUUUAUGUAUUUGCUAAUUUUAAUUGUUUGAUUUGAAACAUGUUUGGUGCACGUAUGUUUAUAUAAUUGUUAUAGAGAGUUAUGAAAAACUUGACUGUCUAUCUGAAAGACCACGGUAUAAAGCCCAAAGGAUGGGAAUAUGAGAUACACUUCACAUGAGACAUUUACUGGUUAGCCAUCUUGAAUGUCACUGCAGAAACAAUAAUUUCCUUACACGAUUCCGUCACUAGGAAGAAACUCGAACAUCUUUACCACUAAGGUCUGUUGCGUUCAUAAACAAAGAAGUCCCAGACACUGAAUGCUGAAUGUUUUAAAAACUAAAAUAUUUUUAUAAAUGUUACAUUGCCAUGCCUGACACUGUCAGUUUUGAAUAGUUCUAAUGGAAUUGGAAGGUUUGACUGUCGGUGCUUCAGUUCGGCCCUUGUUGUCCUCACUUUGUCGCUCUUGCAAUACCAUCUUGACCGAGGCACACUUCAGCUGUCUCGGUAAACACCCUUCCAGAGAUGCGUGUUAGCCUGGUGAACAAGCCCAUCCCUUAUGACUCAGUUUUUACGUGGGACAAUCCACUUUGCUUGUUGCUGGUAAGUGCAUAACUACUCUUCUCCCAGAGGCUUCAGGAGUGUUAGCCGCUUUCUUGGCCCAUCUUUCAGUGCGUGAGGAGCUCCAAUUUUCAUGGGUUAGACUUGAUGUAAGCUUUUGGACAUACGCCA